AUGUUGGCUACUGAACAGCCAAAACCUAGCACUCAUGAAGAGAAUCAUCCAACUGUUUUGGUGAAGAAGCCUCUGUAUACCCGUCCUGUUGUUUUGACGACCUAUCCAACACAAAACAAGUCCGACCCUUUCCCUUUAAAUUGGGGAGCAUCAUCACCUCAAAAGCGUGGUCCUAUAACAGUUUCUCGUUCCAUUGAAACUCUUCCUCACAGAAACGCCAUUGGAGCUCAUGGCGGUAGCUAUUGUGUUUACAACUCGUUGGCCGUGGCAGGUGGGUUCUUGCCUGCUGACCAUCACCCGGAUUUUACACUCACACAACCUACCUUUGAGUUUCCUGAAGUUGCUUCCUGGCACGAUAAGAACAAGAUUGUUGCCAUGGACCCCUAUGGCCAUGACACCCCUCGGUACUUUAAAGAGUACUUGGAGAAGGGAUAUGAUAUCCGUCCUACUAUUGCUAUUACCCGUGCAAACAUUCGAGUAACUGAAAUCCAACGUUCUAUCGAAAAUGGAUCUCUAGCGGUGGAUGGCAAAGUUGUACUCAACAAGGAGGGCGACAUUGCCGUUACGAAAGUGGCAGUGGAACCUGUUUGGUAUCUUCCCGGAGUCGCUGAGCGAUUUGGUGUGGACGAGAUCACUCUUCGUAGAGCCUUAUUUGAGCAAAUGGGUGGUGCUUAUCCUGAAUUAAUUACCCGUCCCGAUAUUAAGGUCUUUCUUCCACCCAUUGGAGGUGCCACUGCUUACAUAUUUGGUCCUCCUGAGUACCUGAGUGAUCCUACAAAAAAGUUGGCCGUCCGUGUUCACGAUGAAUGCAAUGGUUCUGAUGUUUUCCAGAGUGAUAUUUGCACCUGCAGACCUUAUUUGGUGUUUGGUCUUGAGGAAGCCGCUAAAGAAGCACAGAAUGGUGGCGCUGGCCUAGUUGUUUAUUACCGUAAGGAAGGCCGUGCUCUGGGUGAAGUUGUUAAAUACCUUGUUUACAAUAAGCGUAAGCGUACUGGAGAUACCGCUGACAACUAUUUUCGCCGAACCGAAGAAUUAGCAGGUGUCCGUGAUAUGCGUUUCCAAGCUUUAAUGCCGGAUAUCCUCCACUGGUUCGGAAUUACCAAAAUUGAACGCUUGCUCAGUAUGUCUAACAUGAAAUACGAUGCCAUUGUCGGAUCUGGAAUUUCUAUCGUGCAGCGCGUUACGAUCCCAGAAGACCUCAUUCCUGCCGAUUCGCAAGUCGAAAUCGACGCCAAAAUUCAGUCUGGAUACUUUUCUGAUCAAAAGAAAGUCACGCAAGAGGACUUGGCCUGUGUUCACGGUCGUACCUGGUGA